GCCGAUCAUAAGAUAGACCCUUUGUCUGUAGGGUAGCUGAGUUCUAUUCCUUUUGACCAAAAGUAAAUUCAACUCUUCUCUCAUAUAGGAUACGCUUUCAUUUGUACUGCAGAAGCCGUAUCGGCACAUUUUGCAAAAGAAAACACACAAAGAUGGCUAAAGCAAGCAGCUUGCUUCUUUUUUCUAAAGCUUCUCAUCAUGGUCGUCACCACACAACACAUUCUUCUAAAUCUUCACUGCUACCCUUAGCUUUUUCUUCUUCUUUCUUCUUCCUUUAGGCAACAGUGUUUCUCAGUUUUGCAUUUUGUGUGGCAUUUUGCUUCAUCCAAUGGAAAGAAUCCUCUCUACUUUGGCAAUGAUUUUUAUCUUAUUUGCUUUGGCUUCUUCAGCUGAACAAGAGGCUGUGAGUUCAAUAAAAACUGAUGCCGCAGCUCUUCUUAAGUUCAAGGACAUGAUUGACAAGGACCCAAAUGGAGUGUUGUCCAGUUGGAAGCUUGAGAACAAUCCAUGUUCAUGGUAUGGAGUUUCAUGCCAAUCCGGAAGAGCAAUUGCUCUUGAUCUGAGUGGUUGUAAUCUUGCAGGGAAUGUUCAUUUUGAUCCUCUGUCUUCUUUGGAUAUGUUGUUGGCUUUGAAUUUGUCUACAAAUUCUUUCAUUAUAAACUCAACUACUUUGCUUCAUCUUCCUUAUAAUUUGCAGCAACUUGAGCUCUCUCUUGCCAAAGUUGUAGGUAGUGUGCCAGAGAAUCUUUUCUCUAAGUGUCCAAAUCUUAUGUUUGUAGACCUUUCAUUCAACAAUCUUACAAGCUAUCUGCCUGAAAAUCUUCUGUUUAAUGCUAAUAAGCUUCAAGAUCUUGAUCUCUCCUACAACAAUCUAACUGGGUCGAUCUCAGGAUUAAGAAUAUAUGAGAAUUCUUGCAGCUCUUUGUUGCGCAUUGAGCUUUCGGGGAAUCAAAUUGUCGGUUCGAUACCGAGUGGUAUUUCGAACUGCUCGAAUCUGCAAACGCUUGGUAUGUCAAACAAUUUUCUCAGUGGGGAUAUCCCCAGAUCUUUAGGGGAAAUCAGCAGUUUACAGAGGGUGGAUCUAUCUCACAAUCAGCUCACUGGUUGGCUUCCUUCUGAUUGGAGAAAUGCCUGCAAUUCACUUCAAGAACUAAGGCUUAGCUACAACAACAUUUCUGGUGCAAUUCCAGCUUCCUUCUCUGCUUGUUCUUGGCUGCAAAUUUUGGAUCUUUCAAAUAACAAUCUAUCUGGUCCUUUACCGGAUUCCAUCUUCAAGAAUCUUGUCUCUUUACAAAGCUUGCUAUUGAGUAAUAACAUUAUCUCUGGACCAUUGCCUUCAUCCAUAUCUCAUUGCAAGAAUCUGCAGCUUGUAGACUUAAGUUCCAAUAGAAUUUCUGGAUUGAUCUCACCAGAUAUAUGUCCAGGUGCUGAGUCACUUCAGGAACUGAAAAUUCCAGACAAUCUCAUCAUAGGAGGAAUCCCACCUGAGCUCUCACUGUGUCCACAGCUAAAGACAAUUGAUUUUAGUUUAAACUAUCUGAAAGGCUCCAUACCAGCAGAGCUUGGAAAGCUUCAGAAUCUUGAACAGCUGAUAGCAUGGUUCAAUGGUUUAGAAGGGAACAUACCUUCAGAAUUGGGGAAAUGUAGAAACUUGAAGGAUCUUAUACUUAAUAACAAUCAUUUAAGUGGUGAAAUCCCCACUGAAUUGUUCAGUUGCAGCAAUCUUGAAUGGAUUUCACUCACGAGUAAUGAAUUAACUGGAGAGAUCCCAAAAGAAUUUGGUCUUUUGCCAAGGCUGGCUGUCCUGCAACUUGGAAACAAUAGUUUAAGUGGUCAGAUACCAGCGGAGUUGGCAAACUGCAGCACUUUGGUUUGGUUGGAUUUGAACAGCAAUAAGCUUACAGGGGAAAUACCACCUAGACUUGGCAGGCAGCUUGGAGCCAAAUCAUUGAAUGGGAUUCUUUCUGGAAACACUCUAGUGUUUGUUCGAAACGUCGGGAAUUCGUGUAAAGGAGUCGGGGGCUUGUUAGAGUUUUCUGGAAUCAGACCUGAAAGACUACAGCAGGAACCAACAUUGAAGACUUGUGAUUUCACUAGAUUGUACUCUGGUCCAGUCCUCAGUUUGUUUACAAAGUACCAAACUUUGGAGUACUUGGAUCUUUCUUACAAUGAGCUUCGUGGGAGAAUACCAGAAGAGUUCGGAGAUAUGGUUGCCUUACAGGUUCUAGAAUUAUCACACAACCAACUUUCUGGAGAGAUUCCAGUAUCGUUCGGUCGCCUAAAGAACUUGGGAGUGUUUGAUGCAUCACAUAACAGACUGCAGGGUCAUAUUCCAGAUUCAUUUUCAAACUUAUCAUUCUUAGUGCAAAUUGAUCUAUCUUAUAAUGAACUAACAGGGCGAAUUCCAUCAAGGGGGCAGCUCAGCACACUACCUGCAAGUCAGUAUGCAAACAAUCCAGGACUCUGUGGAGUUCCUUUGCCUGAAUGCCAGAGUGAAGACCAGCCGGCGACAGGUCCUAAUGUAGAUGCUGGAAAAGGAAGAACAAAGCCAGAAUCAGUGUCAUCGGUUAAUAGUAUUGUUUUAGGUGUUCUUAUUUCCCUUGCCUGUGUGUGCAUUUUGAUUGUAUGGGCUAUUGCCAUGCGUGCAAGACGAAAAGAAGAAGAGGAAGUGAAGAUGCUUAAUAGUUUACAAGCAAUACAUGCCCCUACUACUUGGAAAAUUGACAAAGAGAAAGAGCCACUGAGUAUCAAUGUGGCAACUUUCCAAAGACAGCUAAGAAAGCUCAAGUUCUCCCAACUGAUAGAAGCAACUAAUGGCUUCUCAGCCGAAAGUCUCAUUGGUAGUGGCGGGUUCGGUGAAGUGUUUAAAGCAACACUAAAGGAUGGAUCGAGUGUUGCAAUCAAGAAACUGAUACGUCUUAGUUGCCAGGGAGACCGUGAAUUCAUGGCGGAGAUGGAAACCUUAGGAAAGAUCAAACAUGGAAAUCUAGUACCUCUUCUGGGAUACUGUAAAAUAGGUGAGGAGAGGCUGCUAGUGUAUGAGUUCAUGAAGUUCGGUAGCCUAGAAGAGAUGCUUCAUGGAAGAGCAAAGAUGCAAGAUAGCAGAAUUCUAACAUGGGAUGAAAGGAAAAAGAUAGCCAGAGGUGCUGCAAAAGGACUCUGUUUCCUACACCAUAACUGCAUUCCACACAUAAUUCACAGAGACAUGAAGUCCAGCAAUGUACUUCUGGACCAUGAUUUAGAAGCAAGAGUUUCAGAUUUUGGAAUGGCAAGGCUGAUAAGUGCUCUUGACACCCAUCUGAGUGUAAGCACACUUGCAGGCACUCCUGGUUAUGUCCCUCCUGAGUACUACCAAAGCUUCAGGUGCACAGCAAAAGGCGACGUCUAUUCGUUCGGUGUCGUCCUCUUAGAACUCUUGACAGGGAAACGACCAACUGAUAAGGAGGAUUUUGGGGACACCAAUUUGGUGGGUUGGGUCAAAAUGAAAGUCAAUGAUGGAAAACAAAUGGAAGUGAUAGAUCCAGAGUUGCUUUCAGUGACCAAAACAAGUGACGAAUCAGAAGCAGAAGAAGUUAAAGAAAUGGUAAGAUAUUUGGAGAUAACCCUUCGGUGUGUUGAAGAGUUUCCUUCCAAAAGGCCUAACAUGUUGCAGGUGGUAGCCAUGCUACGAGAGUUGAUGCCUGGAUCAGGAAGCAGCAACAGUGCUUGAAUCAGAUUUUCUUUUUGUUUACUAAAUCUGAUCCAGCUUUACCAACAUGAGCUUUGUAACAUUUGUUUGAGUUGCCUGUAUUCUAUUGUUCUUUUGCU